UGAAGUGUUAAUGUUACAGAGUUAUCUAUGAAUUUGCGGAAUUGAACUAAUAUUAUUAGCUUUUUAUGUACAGUCUAUGAUUAUUACCGAGUCUUUAGGAUGCGCUCCCAUUAUUAGAAACAACAUUUAAAAGGCUGAAAAGGAAAAAAAAUUAAUCCAAAGCGUAGGCUAAAUUCUUAAAAACAUGUUAAAAAAUAUCUUUGAUAUCAGCGGUUAAGCUAAGCUAAUUGCGGUUGGUCAACCCAGCUCGAGACGGUUUCUGCCCAAUGACAAUUCAUGCGACGUGAGCUGUCACUUCUUGUCUCCAUAGAAACGCCUUGAACUGUCAGUUUUACUGCCACUGACCACAGGACCACACUAUCAAAUUAUCCGAAAUUCCCGUUUUCCACGACGCUUAUAACUAGCUAAAUUUUUGAGUUCUGUUGUGUAUUUGUUUAAAACUACAUUUUCUAUAUUAAAAUGUCUUCACCUGAGUCGGACUCCAAAGUUGUAGAAGAUGAAGACGAGGAAAAAAUGUAUCAAUUGAUUUAUGACAUGAACGCCAUAGAUGACAAGGAGGAAAAGGAGAAGGGUCAAAUACCAUCCAGUUCACUUCAGAUUGACCCACCUCAAGAAUCCGAACAAAGCUUGAACAGCUCUGGGCACACACCUGUGCAUCUGAAAAUUAAUGCUGAAAGGAGGACACAUGCAGUUGUUGGUAAUACAAAGGGACUAGACAUGGAUGCAUUGGACAAUAUCCCGGGAAUCCCAGUAGUGAAGGCGAAUGCAGCGGAAAAGCCAUGGAGGAAAGCUGGUGCUGACAUCUCAGAUUACUUUAACUAUGGUUUUGAUGAAGAAAGCUGGAUCACCUACUGUAAGAAACAGUCAAAACGCCGUGCAGCUAAUAGAAAACUAUACACUAAAAUCAUGGUCCAGAAGGAGCAUGCUAGACAUGAAGAAAAAGAGUCUUGUUCUGCUUAUCCUUCCUUAGGCAACUCAUCUAUACUAGCUUCCAGACAGUCAAGUGUUACCAUUGAUGUGACUGGAGGACAACCUGGAUCCAGCGGCGGAGUGGAAGGGCGCCAGUGUCUCAGUGAUGAAGGAAACAAUACUCAGGUGGUUACUGAGAUGUCCCCUGAGAAGGAUAGAAUUACUUCUUAUCAUCUGCCCCCUCCAUCCAUCAACAUCAGUUCUCUCUUUGCAUUUACCCCUCCACCACCUUUCCUUUACCGACCAGGACCCCCUCCUCUCUCCUCCCUUGCUACUUUGGACAGUGGACACUUUAAAGGCUUAGAUGACCCCUCAACUUCAUCAGGUGUGUCAUCCUUAAUCCCAAGGAGUAUAGCCUCCAGCGCUGGAGUGAUUGACACUGCCAAAGCCUGGGAAUGCUACAUAUGGCAGGAAAAGUGUGUCAAGGACAGAGACAGAUCCAGAGAGCAUGGGCAUGGUAAAGACAGUCAAAGAGGCAGAGAAAGGGACAGGGAGAGCUGUUCCUCUUCACACAACAGUGUGGCUCACUGAAUCAUCUGGGUUUCUCAGUUAAAUGACUGCAGGGAUGGAGUGGACAAAAUUACAUCGCGGCAGGCUCAGGCAUCUUAUGAAAUCUGUGAUACUGCCUGCCCUGACAGGCCUGGGCACUAGUAACGAAUAAAAACAUAAAAUGUGAAAACAAAUCCUUAGGCUUCCAAGCUAUAAUUUACUCUUUCUAACACUGUCUCCUUGGGAACCAUUUGACUGUGUUCUUGGUGUUAUGUGAGGUGGUUGUUUCUGUGUUAAAGCUAAUGGCUUUGAGCAAGAACAAAUGUGGGCCUUGGGUCCUAAUCCCAGCUGCUAACAGAAGAGCUGUCUCCAAAUAUUGAAUAUAUUUAGCUUUGUACUUGCAACAACUCUGCCCCUAAAGGCUCUCUCUCUUUUCUGUGUUGAGCAAGUGAAUGGUAAUAAUUACUACAGCCAUGUGUGAGCAGUGCUGUAUCUGUACUUUUCCUACAGCCUUUUUUGAGCAAGAUCUAUAGUGGCAGAGAGAAAUGCCUUCAGUGUGAUGAUUCUUAAAGGUCAGGUUGAUUAUUUUAAAACUGCCAGCUGCAAGCUAUGCCAAGGUGUCUUGUGUUGAGGUGAAGGAGUGUGUGUGAGAGAGAGAAACAUUUAUACACACACUACAGAUUUCCCUUUGGCAGACGGUAUGGUUUUCUCUUUAAUCUACAAUAUCUGUAUUCAGUGUAUUCUGAAUGGGCCAUGAAGACUCCUCUUCUAUAACUGGAGCCCCUUCCACUUUUUAUGACCAUCCAAUCUGAAUCAGCAUUACCUCCCCCAAAGCUGUGUGUGCUGUGUAGUACUGUAUAUUGACAAGCAGCAUAGGAAAGACCAUUAACGGCUCAAAUUGCCUUGGAUAAAACAAGGUCAAGAACAAGAACUAGCACUGGUGUUGCUCUUGAAAAGGAAACAUUUCUCCUGAAUAAGUAAGCACAAUUGACAUGAUGUAACAUUAUCUAGAUUAUGGUUUUGAGGAAACCAGUUGUACUAGCUACUGUAGAUAGCUAUAAUCCCCAUUAUGUAGAAGCAGGCAGAGUGGAGCCGACAAUGCCACCGUCACUGAGCUUUUUGUUUUGUUCUAACUGUGGAAAAUUUUACACAACUGAUUAACUAAAACAUAAUGAAGUGAGUCUAGUAGUGGUAACGUGUAAUUAUGUUAUGGUGAAUCUCAUUUCGGAAGGAGACAGUGUUGCAGCCAAUCAGCCUCUGAUUACUAGAGACACCCUCUGAAGGUUACACUGUAAUAGACUGCAUCCUUUAAAGGAGGCAGCUACUGAAAUGGGACACUAUGCCAGUGGUUCCCAAACUUUUUUUGAUUCAUGGCACCCCCAUGUGCCACUUACACUAAAAGUAAAUAAAAAAUGAAGUGUGCUAAUAGGUAAAAAUGUUUUUUUUUUUUUUUGUCCUGUUCAAAAGUAAAAUUAGUUUACAUUUGAGUUUUUUCAAGAUGCCUCUUGAUCUUACUUGGCAACACUGCUGCAUUUAGCAGUUUUUCCCAGCAGAUGAGGCAUUCCGGAGCUGUUGUCACCAGUCUUAGCUAUGGCAUACAUGCAAAUUUAACAUGGUAAUUUCAGUGUUUGUUACUUACUUAUGUUUGAAGAUGUAAUAUAAAAUGUAGUUAAUGUCGUUUAUGUGGUGAAACAUUAUUAUAAAUGUACUGUAACAAUCUUGGGGCACCCUUGGGCUGUCCUUAAGGCACUCCCUCCUCUGUGGUUAAAGGUGCAGGUGUAGUGAAAUCAGCAUAUUCCACUGUAACCGUGCCCCUUUGCAUGAACACGUUUUUUCAUGUGUGUGUUUUUAGAGGUCAUAUGAGGGGAGAGAAGGUGUGAAGUAUUGACUGAUCAAUCAUAUGGUCUCACAGGACUGCAGGUCCUACAGUGAAUAAUAGAUUUUUUUAGCUUAGAGGAUACUGCAGCAUGGCUGCUUGGCUUUAAUGUAAAGGGCAUGCUGUGACACUGGUGUUGGGCUCUUUGUUACUCAAAGUCUAGGCCAGGGGGGAGGCUACAAAAGCUCAGGCAGGCAAACAGCAGGCGCUGUGGUUAAGGUUUUGGUCCCUUGAGUUCUGACUUAUCUCUCUCCCAGUGGAGAAGAGGAAAAAAGGCCAGCAGUCUCAUUCCUGUGGGCCAUGAGCUCAUUUUCCCUUUCUAUUAUUUCCCAAAGAAACGGCCUCCAGUUUCAUCAAUAGCAAAUGGAAAAAAUACACUGCACUAUGGU